CGCGUCUCCGGUAGUCAGUGCGCGUCUCCGGUGAUCAGAGCGCGUCCCCGGUGAUCAGAGCGCGUCCCUGGUGAACAGAGCGCGUUUGGAUCUGCGAUGAGAAGCUGAGGAGACGCGUGUGUUGGAUUUACAGCCGCAUUUACAGCAAACACACCGAGAAAGCAGCUCCUGUCUGUCACACGGGCAACUUUUACUCUGAACAUCUUUCACCGGACGCGCGCGCGGAGUGAAGGAAUAACAGACUUCUACACGGAAAUGAUUUAAUCCCCUGAGCUGUGAGAGGGAUGUGAUCUUUCUGCCUGUGUGAGGAUCAGCGCCGAAAUCCAGCCAUUUCUUAUACAUCUGCUCUUGCAGUCGCUUUUUUUUCUUCCUUUAUUAUUCCUUCUGUUGUUCUUCACGCUCGCGCCUUUCCAAUGACAGUUUACAACAGUUAUUCAAACUAAAAAACAACAACAUAAAGUUAUCUUUAGAUGCAGCGAUAUAAAUACAUUAUUAUAGAAAAGUCAUACAUGUCAUGUGACGUGAUUUAUGCUCGCGCGCUGUGAGAACCGCUCGAGACUUUCUAUUUUUACUGAAUAUUACAUAACAGCUGCUGCAGAAAAGUGUGCGGCUUCUAAUGACACUUUCAAAAUUCUCUUAGUUUGUUUUAGAGAGUCGUUCAGCAUAACGUUCUGUCUGUUACUGUAAGGUGAUAAUAAAUAAAUAAAUAAAUAAAUAAGAAUAAAGCGCGUCUCGCGGAUUGGAGUAGAUUAUAAAAAGCUACUAUAAAGUUAAAUUUGGUUUCAUGGUUGUUGAACUUCUCAGGAGCUUGCAGAUAUAAAAGAAAGAAAGAAAUCUCUGGAGCAGCUCUGGAGGCUGUGUGCUGGACUGAGAGCUGAUCUGUGAUCUGUUGAUUUGCUGAUCUGUGAUCUGCUGAUCUGUUGAUUUGCUGAUCUGCUGAUUUGCUGAUCUGUUGAUCUGCUGAUCUGCUGAUUUGUGGCUGAAGAAUUGAUGAUGAUGCUCGGACAUCCUGUUGCAGUGCUGCUAAUCAGCUGUGGCUUGAACUUUAGCUUUAGCUUUAGCUUUAGCACUCCUGAACCUGCACAGAAGGAGACUCAAACCAUCACAGAUGUGUGUCAGCAGGUGAGUCCUCCGUGUGUGACGGAGGCGGAUCGUUACAGCCUGGAGGCGCUGCGUCACAUCCACCAGGAGAUGGACGACGAUCAGGAUGGAGGGAUCGAAGUGGAGGAGAGUGUGGAGUUCAUUAUUGAAGAUAUGCAGCAGCAGCAGCAGACGAAUAAACACAGUAAACUGCACAGAGAGGACCAGCACAUCACCGUGGAGGAGCUCUGGAGAGGCUGGAAGUCCUCAGAAGUUCAUAACUGGACGCAGGAGGAUGUGCUGCGCUGGCUGCGAGAGUUUGUGGAGUUGCCGCAAUAUGAGAAGAACUUUAAAGAGUUACGUGUCAAUGGAAACACACUGCCUAGGAUUGCGUCCAAUGAACCAUCAUUCAUGAGCACCUACCUGAAAAUCCAGGACCAGCAGCACAAACACAAGCUGAAGCUCAAGGCACUAGAUGUCGUGCUGUUUGGACCACCAACACGUCCACCUCACAACUGGAUGAAGGACCUGCUACUCAUCGUGUCGGUAGUGAUGGGGUUGGGUGGCUGCUGGUUCGCUCAGGUGCAGAACAAAGCAUCAAAGGAGCACAUUUCCAAAAUGAUGAAGGAUCUGGAGAGUCUACAGAGAGCUGAGAAGAGUCUCCGAGACCUGCAGGAGCAGCUGGAGCGGGCCCAGGAGGAGAAGCGUACGGUAGCAGUGGAGAAGCAGUUUUUAGAGGAGAAGAUGAGGGAUGAGAUUCAGGGAGCUCAAGAGGAGGCCAACCGGCUCCAUGAGCUUCGCAAGGGUGCUGUCGGUGAACUAAGCCGCCUGAGAUAUGCUGAGGAAGAACUUGAACAGAUUCGAGGGGCGCUGAAGAAGGCGGAGCAGGACAUGCAGGCUAGCUGGUCAGUGCCGGAGUCUUUGCAGCUCUGGCUGCAACUCACACAUGAGGUGGAGAUGCAGUACUACAACAUCAAAAAGCAGAGUGCAGAACAGCAGCUGGCCACUGCCAAGGAUGAGGCAGAGAGAAUUAAGAAGAAGAGAAGUUCUGUUCUUGGUACCCUCCAUGUGGCACACAGUUCCUCUUUAGAUCAAGUGGACCACAAGAUCUUACAGGCCAAAAAUGCCCUAGCAGAGGUGACGGCAUGUUUGCAAGAACGCCUGCACAGGUGGCAGCAGAUCGAGUUGUUGUGUGGAUUUGCUGUAAUGAACAAUGCUGGACUGCCCAGCCUCACAGCCACCUUGUACCCUGACCCCAACUGGAUGGUCUUGCCAAGAGCCACCAUGUCCUCCUUCCAAAUUCCUGUAGGCAUUGAUGACAUGGAGGAUGGCAUAGCUUCCAUGAUACCACAAAAAAUUCCUGUCACAGUUACUCCUCUCAAGCUUUCUCCUCGAGCGCUCGUCCGUUCUCGUCGAAGCGGUCAUAUCAUCCAGUCACCUGUGAUUCUGUCACCUGAUCCUGAUCUUCUAAUCCCGAUUCGGCCUCCGCUCCCUCGGUAUGGCGAGGAGGAAGGGGAAGGAAUAAUUUUCCCUGCUAUUGUGAAACAAGAGUGUCUAGAGACAGCCUCUGAUCCUGAUCCCAUUGGACCCACUCUUGGAAUAAAGUACACCAGCCCUGGAUUGGAUACUUCACCUCGAAAACUAUACCGUGACAACUUGGACCUUUUCUCUGAUAGUGUCACAAGUAAGAUUCCACUUGAUGGACAAGCGAACAGUCCCUUGCGCAAGAUAUCACGAGAGGAACUUGGGUAUCCUGUAAGGGGUGAUUCUAGAAAAGUUUUACAUGAAGAACUUCAAGUCGACUCCCAAGCCAGAAAGAUAUCCAGAGAGGAAACUGUGGUGUCUGCAGAAACAUUGGUGAGUCCUUUGUCUAUAAAGGAACCUGAGGUUCCUGUUGAUUUCAAGAAGAUUCCUAGGAGUUUACCACUAGAUACUAGUUAUUCUUCUAUUAGACUGUCCACCCAGGAGAAAUUGGAUUCCCCCAUGGAACCUUACCUUGGAAUAAGAUUCAUGGAUAAUGCUGAGUUAAAUGUGGGCAGUCUGCCACCAAAGAGACUUUUUAAAGAAAGGAAGGAUCCCUCAGGAGAGAGCCUGUCGAAAAAGAUGACAAAAGAUGAAGGUGUGACAGAUAUCCAAAGUGGAGAUGCAGGUAAAGAUUUUGAUGUAGAGAUGGACAUUGCUCCAAGAUUAAUGCUUAAAGAGGAAACUCAAAAGGGACAUACACUGUUAAAGGACAAACACUUAGACGCUACUUCCACAAGCCCUUUAAGAGAUGGGCAUGAAGACUCAGUCUCAGUGGAUGGACAAAGAGUAAAGGUAAGAGACAAUAAAGAGUUGCCCAAAGAACAAUUUUACAGAAGUGUGCUCAGAGAUAAUCUAAGUCUGUCCAUGGACAAGGGAAAGCUGUUUAGAGCUGUUUCCAUAGAUUGCACUUUUAGGAAAAAGGCACGAGAUAACUUGGAUGGUUCAAUGGAAAACCAGCGAGGAAUGUCUUUAAGAGACAGAAGGGACAAUGCUGUAUCCAUGAAGCUCUCUAGAGGUGAGCGUGAUGUUGUCACAGAGAGACAAAGUCUGUUCCGGGAUGUCAGGCCAGACAAUACUUUGGACACACCCAUAGAUAAAAUCCAGAAAGAUGUGUUAGACAUGCCUGUGGAGACUGUCAGACCAAAGAUAUCCAGAGAUGAGUUUGUAGCUCCAGACCCAGGUCGCUUCAGCCAACCUGACCUUACAAUUGACUCCCUAAUGCUCUGGACUCCACCCUCGGACCCCCUUAGCCAUCUAGUAUAUGAUGGUAUUUUAGAGAAGUCUUAUCAGAACCCUGUAAAUGUGACCAGUCCUGGAGAUCUCAGCCAUCCUGUCUCACUGCCCUCAAUGUCCACCUCCUCCCAAAGCCUUGUGAGCAGUGAUGGCAGCAGUUCUACUCAAUCUGGAAAUCUCUCAUCAGCAGAAUCCCGUAGUGGAGACAAAGGCAAGAAAUCCUUAAAGCUCAAGAAUCUGUUCAAGAAAAAGAAAGAUAAGGAGAAAGAUAAAGACUCAAAACGAGAACAUCCACAAGGGGGUUUACAGAAGCUGUGAGUUUGAAUCAUUAUAACAAGAUUUCGUAGACUUAAGACCUAAUAAUGUUCAAGGGAUUAGUGUAAGUUUAGACUUAAACCCUGGUUUGAAUGCAUUAGGAAAUACCUUCACUGUCUCUAGGUGAUAUUGAAACUAAUUGUUGGUAUCCUUAUUGCAAGCUUUGCCAAAUGAACACCAUAUCAUUGGUGGUGGUGUUAAAAAUCAGGGACUUAGUAAAUUGGGUUCUUUUCCCAAACUUGCUUCAGCGCUUGGCAAAUAUGUAGAGUAUGUUUUUUACAACUAUAAACAAAAAUGUGUAAAAGCCCCACCAGAUGCUACCUGGUCAUUUGAUCUUUGGCAGGAUUUGAUCAUGCCCUUGAUGUAUAUGAAUUGUAAUUGUAUGGCAGGUUAUUAUUAAUAGCUAGUCUAGCUAAUCAAGAACCUACUGCAACAGUAGGUGCGUAUUACUGUUCCUCACUCCCAUUGGUAGUCACCUGGGCUUUUUAUUUGUUCAAAGUUUUGUCUGUUGAAGGUUAACUUCACCUCCUAUGCUGUUGUUUGCCAGCAACCAUAAAAAAAAACUUCCAACUACUUUGUUGCUUUGCAUUGCUGCAGGUGUUAGAAUUAAAAAGGGUUAUGGCAGACUUCUAUCGUUUACAUAAUUCUGUAAUGGUCACUAGUGGGUGUGUCAUUUCUUGAGUGAGUAGCGGUUGCCAUGGUAACACCUGGAUGUGGUGAUUUGGCCAUUAAAACUACAUAGCUAGCUACAGGAUGUAUCUAAAGUCACCACUCUGACCAGACAUCAGUCACCUUCCUGUUAAAAAUUAAAUUUCUGGAGGGAAAUGGCUCGUGUAUAAAUUGCAUCUGUGCAGUUUAUCACUGUCAAAAAAUAAUGUUUACCCAACACAAUCAUUGUCGUCCAUUUUUGGUGAAAAUAUUAGCUGAUUUAUUUGGGUUCAUAAAACACUUCAAGCCCACAGAACUUUGGAAAAUAUUAGCGAGGCAAAGAGUGUAUCAUCGUUCCUUACUCUCAUUUUUAGUCAUCGCAUGGCUUUGCAUUUUAUUUGCAUAAUGUUAAACUCAGUAACUGGUCAACUUUUGUGUCACUCGCCCCACCCACUCUGUGGUUCCUAUGGUUACUUCACCUCUUGUUUCUACAAUUUAAAUUUCAAAACAGAAUCUUUAUAUUUACAAGCAAUGACGUACAAUUAGGGUUUGUGUUUUACAUUCAUAGAUUCAUAGUUAAAAGUACAAAACUAGCAGAAUUCUUUCAUCAUUUUAAUCUACAUACAGUGGCUUAUAGAUGAUUUAAUAAGCAAUGGCUGUAAGAGGAAGUCUUUUUAUUUUAGUGACUACUUUAUUGCACUAUUUUAGUUGAGUUUCACCAUCAAAUAUGUGAUAUUGUUAUAAGGUUCAGGACAGGAAGUUGUUUACUUAAAUACAGUAUGAAUUAUGAAAUGUAAUAAAGUCUUAAACAUUUCAAAAGUAUUGGUAUAUAAAAUAGCCUGUGGUUUUACAUGAACAGGGAGAAUUUAGGGAUAUAACAUGACUAUUAAAGGGCCUUUAGAACCCUUAAUGGUUCCUUGUGUGUUCCUCUGGUGGAAACUUUAUAUAUAUAUAUAUAUAUAUACCACAGAAUUGGUUAAACUCCUGACAGGUUCUAGGUAUUAAGAAGAAAAUAAUGAGCAGUAAUUUGAAGUUUGUACCACACACUUACCACAAUAAAACACACACUCUUAGAAAAAAUGGUUCUGCAAAGGUUCUUUAAGGGUUCAGUGGAAAAUUAAGAGUUGUUAGCCUCCAAAAAUGGGUUCUAUUUGGUUUCUGGAUUCUAAGUUUCUGUUGUAGGGUUCUACAUAGAACGUCUAAUGAUUCCCACAGAGGAACCACCCUUAAGUGUUUAAGAGUGUUCAUGUAAGCGUUUAUUUCUACUGCAACAGUUUAUUAAACUGAAAUUUCAGGUAACUGACGUGUCUGCACUGCGCAGUGUGUUUACAGCCGGAAAAAGUUUAUUUGCGUGGUUUUUAAAGAUUUAUUUAUUUAUUUAUUUGUGCUUUCUGUUUGUCUCUUUGACAAGUUACAUUUUGAUUUUGUUUGGGGAGUUAUAAAUCACAGUUCACACAAAUUUUAUUGAGCUAAAGGGAAGGUUGUUGGAUUUCCCAAAAACAAUGCACAAAUUUUAAUUGUUUGAAACUUGCUAAAUGAGUCGUACAAAUUUGGUGAAAUUUGCAAUCGUGAGUUCAAUGUUGUUCCUUCUAUUAAUAUAUUUAAUUUACUUUUUGAUUGUUAUAAGUGUACUGAAUGUUUUGAAUAUUUGCAUAUUUAAU